AAACACAAACAAGCGGGCUACAACAAAGAUUUUGCACUGAUCCAUGAGACUUUGAAGCUACUUUCCUGAUUCUUACUUACAUCACAUCUGUGUCUAUCCUCUCUGGAAAAGGAAUGAAGAAAUAAUAUUUCCACAGAGCGGGUGCAUUUAAAAGAAAGCUCCUGCAUACAUAGCUGAUACGCCACCUACUGCAAAACUGAGCUGACAGCGCAGGCGAUGCUGCCAGCAUUUCCAUUCCAUCACCAGGCUGGGGCUGAAUAAAGGCGUGUUUGUGUGGUAGUGUUUCUUUUUUAAAAAUCUCAAAGCCAAGAAGAACAAGCUGAAAUAGCAUUGUCAAAAAUGGAGCGUAAAAUAAACAGAAGAGAAAAAGAAAAGGAGUAUGAAGGGAAACACAACAGCCUGGAAGAUGCUGACCAAGGAAAGAACUGCAAAUCCACACUGAUGACUCUCAACGUUGGUGGAUAUUUAUACAUUACUCAAAAGCAAACACUGACCAAGUACCCAGACACUUUCCUUGAAGGUAUAGUAAAUGGAAAAAUUCUCUGCCCGUUUGAUGCCGAUGGUCAUUAUUUCAUAGACAGGGAUGGGCUCCUCUUCAGGCAUGUCCUAAACUUCCUACGAAAUGGAGAACUUCUACUGCCCGAAGGGUUUCGAGAAAAUCAACUUCUUGCACAAGAAGCAGAAUUCUUUCAGCUCAAGGGACUGGCGGAGGAAGUGAAAUCCAGGUGGGAAAAAGAACAGCUAACACCCAGAGAGACUACUUUCUUGGAAAUAACAGAUAACCACGAUCGCUCACAAGGACUGAGAAUCUUCUGCAAUGCUCCUGAUUUCAUAUCAAAAAUAAAAUCUCGCAUUGUCCUGGUGUCCAAAAGCAGGCUGGAUGGAUUUCCAGAGGAGUUUUCAAUAUCAUCAAAUAUCAUUCAAUUUAAAUACUUCAUAAAAUCUGAAAAUGGCACUCGACUUGUACUAAAGGAAGACAACACCUUUGUCUGUACCUUGGAAACUCUUAAGUUUGAGGCUAUAAUGAUGGCCUUAAAGUGUGGUUUUAGACUGUUGACCAGCCUGGAUUGUUCCAAAGGGUCAAUUGUUCACAGCGAUGCACUUCAUUUUAUCAAGUAAUGACCUGUGUCACGAACAAAGGCAACAAGCAUGCAGCCAGCAAGCUUCGGAAAACCACAGCAACAAAGGCAUCCCAAAUAACGUGCCCAGCUAGGUCUGUACUCAGAGCCCUGCUGCUAAUCAAUUACUGUGAGCUAACGGUAUGUAAAUUCUAUCGCUCAAGAUGUGCUUCUCUAGGGUGUUCCUGCUGAUCAGACUCUUAAAAUGAAACUUAAAAUGAAAACAGCAAUCUUCUAUAUAUUGUAAAUAAAGACUGAGUGCUUUUGCUAUUUGUUUAUUUUUCCUUAAGCUGUCUUUCUCAAUCAGAAUGUCUUGGGUACUUGCACAAUGAACAAGCAUGUACAUUAUCUAUCAUUCAUUUAAGUAAAUGGUAAUGAAAUAUUUGACGAGGCUAUAAGAUUUAAAAUCCUUUCUACUUAUGGCAAAAAUCUACAAAGAAACUCAACUGGUAAAACUAACCACUGAGAGCAAAAUAAAUGUGCAGAUCUACUACAACAGAGCUAUAGUAAAACCAAAUGAGACUGUAAGAAGGUAUUAAAGCUAUUGAUCUAAUUUUUAAUGGUAGGCACCAAAAGCAUAUUCAUAGUUUGUGUAUUUCAUACUAGAAUUAUAGCUGGAUUGAUAUAUUGCUGAAAAUUCCUAGAAAACUGCUUGAUGAUAAUAAAAAAAAAUAAAGCACUACUAGCUUCUUUGCUUGUAUCAAUAAUUAUAAUAAAAAGUCACAUGUGUCACUUUUGAAACAAACAGUACCACUUGAUGAUUUCAUACAAUAUUAUUAUGAAUUGAUGUAUUAACUGGCAGGCUACAGUAACCUUGGCUGGUCUUGCAAGUGACAAAAAUCAGCAAAUUCAUUUCUUUGCAGGCUGAGCUCCAACACAGCAUGGAUAACUUAGUCUCAACAGAUACGUGGUAUUAGAAUAACAAAGGAGUUCAUUUGCAGAA